AUGAAGUUAGAGGGCCUGUUGCAAGUGCUCGGCACACCUGUGCAAUCUGCUGAGGAAGAGACAUUCGAGCUGUUUGCGCAGGACCUGCCAUCACAGAAUCUCGGCUUCAUCGAUGCCAAAGCUACAACUCUUGAGCUCACCGUAGCAGGGCGAGACUUGACCAUCCACCAAUCCCCGGCCGUCCUCUCGUCCAACCGUGCCGGCGGCACAACAGGAGCAGUCGUCUGGAAGAUCACUCCCCUCUUCGCAGAAUGGCUCACCUCGCCAGACAACCCCUUAUUUACCCACGGCGUGCUCUCGGGGUCCUCCCUAGUCCUUGAACUGGGCUGCGGCAUCUCCGGCCUCGUAGCAUUGCUCCUAGCGCCGCGCAUCGCCGGCUACGUCCUGACCGACCAGCCGUACGUCGCCAAGCUGGUCGAGCAGAAUGUCUCAGACAACCUCCACGCAACCUCCCCAGCCCCUGCCAAGACCGCCGUCCGGCCGUCAAGGUCACGACGCACCUCUUCGGACCGCCACCCGCACCCGGCCUCAGUCCACCGGAAAGCGGUGGCCAACAGCUCCCGGGCCCGGAACGGCUCCCGGGACCGCGGGGGAAGCGGAGCCGGCAGCGAAGCAGCAAGGAUCCGCUUCACGCCGUUGGACUGGGAGACGGACGAAGCCACUCCCGCGCUGGCCGGAACGGGCGAAGCAAAGAGCUUUGAUGCCGUCGUGGCGUGCGACUGCAUCUACAACGAAGCGCUGAUCGACCCGUUCGUAUCGACGUGCGUUGAUCUAUGCAGGCUCAGGGUGAACGAGACGGCGACGGGGACGGGCACGGACGCCGGUACCGGGGCGGAGCCUUGCGUGUGUGUGGUCGCGCAGCAGCUGCGAGAUCCGCUGGUCUUUGAGGCGUGGACGGCGCGGUUUGCCAGGUCGUUCCAUACCUGGCGGGUUCCAGAUGAAUUGCUAGUUCCGGGACUACGAGCGGACUCCGGGUUCGUGGUGCAUGUUGGGGUCUUGAAGGAGACUAUUAACCUAGAAGAAGCGAUAUAA